UGAACAGAUCUAUAAUGUCGCGAUGGACACUUUAAUUCUCAUUUUCAUUUGUCAUUUUUGCUCCAAAGCCUUUGUUAAUUUCCCUUACCCAGUCUUACACACGCUCCGCCUAUAUUCUCCAUAACGCAACUCGGUUUUGGUUUGCAACUCGACAUGAAACUAGAAUAAGAAAUGCUGUCUUCUCUCUCUAUAAAAGCGAAAAAGAAUCAGCGGUUAUGAUUUUCAUGGUUAGUCGUUUUUGAAACCAUUUGCACAUAUAGACAAACGGUUUUUAAAGUAAAAGUAAAGGUGAUAUUGCUCGAACAGUGAAAAUGGCUUCACUAAAUAUAUCUGCAGACGAUCUUUCUUGUCCCGUGUGCUGUGAGAUCUUCAAGGAUCCUGUUCUCUUAUCAUGUAGUCACAGUUUCUGUAAAGAGUGUCUUCAACAGUUCUGGAGAACCAAGGAAACUCGAGAAUGUCCUGUCUGCAGGAGACUGUCCAGUCACGAUCCUCUAUGUAAUCUUGUGUUAAAAAACUUGUGUGAUUCGUUACUAAAGGAGAGAACUGAGAGGCGAUCAUCAGGAUCUGAGCAGAUCUGCAAUUUGCACAGUGAGAAACUCAAACUCUUCUGUCUGGAGGACAAACAGCCUGUGUGUUUAGUGUGCAGAGAUUCACAACAACACGACAAUCACAAAUUCAGACCCAUCAGUGAAGCCGUUUCAAUAUGUAAGGAGGAGCUCAAUACAGCACUCAAGACCUUACAGGACAAGAUUCAACACAGUGAAAACAUAAAGGGAGUGCUCGAGGAAACAGUUCAACACAUCAAGUCUCAAGCUGAGCACACAGAGCAUCAGAUAAAACAGCAGUUUGAGAAGCUUCAUCAGUUUCUCAGAGAUGAAGAAGAAGCUACAAUCACUGCAUUGAGGGAGGAAGAGGAGCAGAAGAAGAAGAUGAUGAAGGAGAAGCUGGAGGACAUCAACAGACACAUCUCAGAUCUUUCACACACAAUCAAAGACUUGGAGGAGAUGAUGAAAGAAAAUGACGUCUGCUUUCUAAAGAAGUUUCCAGUCUCAAUGGAAAGAGUCCAGAUCUCACAGCCGGAUCCACAGACGCCUUCUGGAGCUUUGAUUCAUGUGCCACGUUACUUGGGCAACCUGUCAUUCAGAGUCUGGAAGAAGAUGCAGGACAUUGUUCAAAAUACUCCUGUGAUUCUGGAUCCAAACACUGCAAAUCCACAUCUAAUCCUGUCUGAUGAUCUGACCAGUGUGAGAUACAGUGAGAACAAACAACUGCUUCCUGAUAAUCCAGAGAGAUUUGACGAGAGUUUCUAUGUUCUGGGUUCAGAGGGUUUUAACUCAGGAACACACUGCUGGGAUGUGGAUGUUAAAGAGACUCAGUACUGGAGUCUUGGAGUAACUACAGCAUCAAACCAAAGGAAGGGACGUAAUUUCUAUAAAAUUAAUAUGUGGAGUGUGUCGUAUAAGGUGUUAACACAGACUAGCUUUCCUGUUAAAAAGAAGCUUGAUCGUGUGAGAGUUGAUCUGGAUUAUGACAGAGGAACAGUGUCAUUCUCUGAUCCUGUAACUAACACACACCUAUGCACAUUCAAAACUACGUUCACUGACACUGUCUUGCCAUUCUUCUUUUGUUAUGGGUUGUCCCCUCUAAGGAUUAUACCAUUUAUUAGUCAGUAAUAGUUACAGCUGUAGGUCUGGAUCUUCCUGUUUUCAUCAUAUUUCAGUUUUAAAUUUUUAUAUCACAUGAGUAAGAGUGAUCUGUUGAUCUGAAUAUCAGUACGGCUGUGAUUGGGCCGCAGCUGAUCACAUGACUGAUAUCCAGCAGACACACUCACACUGAGAUACUGCUGUUAUACAACAGAUCAAUAAACAAGAUAGUUAAUUUAUUAAUCUUAAAAAAUAAACAUUCUUAAUUUAUUAAUCAAAAGUACUGAUUAAGUGUUUUAAAGAUUCAGCAGAUUUCAUGGAAAACCCAGAAAUAUUAGAGAAUUUUAAAACUCUGAUAUGCAAGUGUGGAAAAGUAAUGGAAAUUAAUAUAAACUUAAAGAUCAUACUCUUUUCUGUAAGAUAUACACACGUGUGUGAAUAUGUUUCUGUCAUGAAAAGUAUUAAACUGAAUGCACACUUUAAACGAAUGCUUAAUUCAAAUCAGUAUCAGGACACCUGUGAGCAGUGCUGACAUAAGUGCGACUUUACUGACAUCUAGAGGUGAAAAUGCACAGCUGUAACAGUCAUUUUCUACCAGACGAACGCCAGAGACAAGGAACCUGUAGGAAUCACACUUGAAAGCGUAAAAACUGCAUUAAUAAUACAUCAAGUACACGAAAGACUACACUUUUACUAUGCACACAGUGUCUUAACAAGA